UCUCUCUAGCGUGGAUCCGCUGCGGGAGACCCAGGUGCGGCCGCCUCAUGGAGCCCAGCGGCCGGUGGCGGAACCUGCCCAGCGGACCUAGCCUAAAGCAUCUGACCGACCCGUCGUACAGAAUCCCGCGGGAGCGGCAGAAGGAGGCGUUGCAGGAGCUGACGCGGGCGCACGUGGACUCCUUCAACUACGCCGUGUGCGAGGGGCUCAGCCAGGCGGUGCAGGCUAUUCCCUCCUUUGAGUUUGCUUUCCAAGAUGAGCGGAUCUCUCUUACCAUUGUGGAUGCUGUCAUCAGUCCCCCCACCGUUCCCAAAGGGACCAUCUGCAAAGAGCUCAGUGUUUAUCCGGCCGAAUGCCGAGGCCGGAAGAGUACCUACCGGGGGAGGCUGACGGUUGAUAUCAGCUGGUCAGUGAAUGGAAUUUCAAAAGGAAUCAUUAAGCAGUUUCUUGGCCACGUUCCCAUCAUGGUGAAGUCCAGGCUUUGCAACUUGUACAACCUUCCUCCAAAAGCACUCAUUGAGCACCACGAGGAGGCUGAGGAAAUGGGAGGAUAUUUUAUAAUCAAUGGCAUUGAAAAGGUCAUCCGAAUGCUAAUUAUGCCUCGGAGGAAUUUCCCCAUUGCGUUGGUAAGACCAAAGUGGAAAAGCAGAGGGCCUGGCUAUACUCAGUUUGGGAUCUCCAUCCACUGCGUGAGGGGAGAGCAUUCUGCUGUCAAUAUGAACCUUCACUACUUGGAAAAUGGCACCGUUAUGUUAAACUUCAUUUACCGGAAGGAACUGUUUUUUCUUCCUUUGGGGUUUGCACUUAAGGCACUGGUCAGCUUUUCUGAUUAUCAGAUUUUUCAGGAGCUCAUCAAGGGAAAAGAGGAAGACUCUUUCUUUAGGAACUCUGUUUCUCAGAUGCUAAGGAUUGUGAUGGAAGAGGGCUGUUCCACACAGAAGCAGGUCCUUAACUACCUGGGCGAGUGCUUCAGAGUGAAGCUCAGCCUUCCUGACUGGUACUCGAAUGAGCAAGCUUCGGAGUUCCUGUUUAACCAGUGCAUCUGCAUCCACCUGAAAUCCAAUACUGAGAAAUUUUACCUGCUUUGUUUUAUGACCCGGAAGCUCUUUGCUUUAGCUAAAGGAGAGUGUAUGGAGGAGAAUCCUGAUAGCUUAGUGAAUCAAGAAAUCCUCACUCCUGGUCAGCUGUUCCUCAUGUUUCUGAAGGAGAAAAUGGAAGCUUGGUUAGUGUCUGUCAAAAUAGCAUUAGAUAAGAGGGCUCAGAAGACCAACGUGUCCAUGAACACCGAAAACUUGAUGAAGAUUUUUAGCAUGGGAGGAGACCUGACAAGGCCUUUUGAAUAUCUUCUUGCUACUGGGAAUUUGCGUUCAAAAACAGGUCUUGGCUUCAUGCAGGAUUCUGGACUCUGUGUUGUGGCCGACAAGCUGAACUUCAUUCGCUACCUCUCCCACUUCCGCUGUGUGCACAGAGGAGGUGAUUUUGCCAAGAUGAGGACCACCACGGUGCGCAGGCUGCUGCCAGAGUCCUGGGGCUUCCUCUGUCCUGUGAACACCCCGGACGGGGCACCCUGUGGUCUGAUGAACCACCUAACUGCCAUCUGUGAGGUCGUCACGCAGUUUGCAUACACAACAGCUAUCCCAGCCUUGCUCUGCAGCUUGGGGGUCACACCUGUUGAUGGAGCGCCACAUCGACCAUACAGUGAGUGCUACCCUGUCCUGCUGGAUGGCGUUGUGCUGGGCUGGGUGGACAAGGAGCUCGCCCCUGGCAUCGCAGAUUCGCUCCGUCGUUUUAAGCCUUUUAACACCUUGGUUAAAAACAGAAAAUGCAAAGACUUUCCAUGUUUUACUCCUGUAGGUAAGCAAACCAUGGGCUUUCCACUUCUCACGUACCAAGACCGGUCAGAUAACAAGCUGUAUCGCCUUCAGACCCCACAGAGUCCCUUGGUAAGACCAUACAUGUAUGAUUACUAUGACAUGGACAACUAUCCAAUUGGGACGAAUGCCAUCGUUGCUGUGAUUUCUUACACUGGCUAUGACAUGGAAGAUGCUAUGAUUGUGAAUAAGGCCUCCUGGGAACGCGGCUUUGCCCACGGAAGUGUCUACAAGACAGAGUUCAUAAACCUCUCUGAAAAAAUUAAGCAAGGAGAUGAUAGUCUGGUGUUUGGCGUCAAACCUGGUGACCCUCGCAUCAUGCAGAAGUUAGAUGAUGACGGACUGCCAUUUGUAGGAGCAAAGCUGCAGUAUGGAGAUCCGUAUUAUGGCUACCUAAACCUCAACACGGGGGAAAGCUACGUGAUGUACUAUAAGAGUAAAGAAAAUUGUAUUGUGGACAACAUCAAAGUGUGUAGUAAUGAAUCUGGGAGUGGAAAAUUCAAGUGCAUUUGCAUCACAAUGAGAGUCCCUCGGAACCCAACCAUCGGAGACAAAUUCGCCAGCCGACACGGGCAGAAGGGCAUCCUGAGCAGACUGUGGCCAGCCGAGGACAUGCCUUUCACCGAGAGCGGGAUGGUGCCGGACAUCCUGUUCAACCCUCACGGCUUUCCGUCCCGCAUGACCAUCGGCAUGUUAAUUGAGAGCAUGGCGGGCAAGUCUGCGGCUUUGCACGGUCUCUGCCACGAUGCCACACCUUUCAUCUUCUCCGAGGAGAACUCGGCCUCGGAGUACUUCGGGGAGAUGUUAAAGGCCGCUGGCUACAACUUCUACGGCACCGAGAGGCUGUAUAGCGGCAUCAGUGGAGUGGAACUAGAAGCGGACAUUUUCAUAGGUGUGGUGUAUUAUCAACGCUUACGUCACAUGGUAUCGGACAAAUUUCAAGUUAGAACAACUGGAGCCAGGGAUAAAGUCACCAACCAGCCUAUUGGGGGAAGAAAUGUCCAAGGAGGAAUCCGCUUUGGGGAGAUGGAGCGGGAUGCUCUUUUGGCUCAUGGUACAUCUUUUCUGCUUCACGACCGCCUCUUCAACUGCUCUGACCGCUCGGUGGCACACGUGUGUGUGAAGUGCGGCAGUUUGCUCUCUCCGCUGUUGGAGAAGCCACCCCCUUCUUGGUCUUCCAUGCGAAACAGAAAGUACAGCUGCACUGUUUGUAAUCGCAGCGAUACGAUUGACACUGUCUCUGUGCCUUACGUUUUCCGGUAUUUUGUGGCUGAGCUGGCAGCUAUGAACAUCAAAGUGAAACUGGAUAUCAUUUAACUUGAUUCCAGCCUUUCAAGCAGGAAGAUUCAUCAGAUUACAAUAAAGUCUAACUUUAAUUCAGUGAAGAUAGUAUAUGGAUUAGGUUGCUCUUGUUUUUUUCAAGAGUGUUAGUACUUUGAGACCAGGCAGGCCGGGGAGAUGGCUCAGUAGAAUAAGCCUUCCCUGGCAAGCGCAAGGGCCUCAGUUCAAUC